GUUAGUGCUCACUCACGUAAAAACAGGGAUUGUGAGUUGCGGGAAGCUGCGACGGGAUUCAUGUGAAAUCCGUGGGAAUCCCAUUUUAACCUCCAAAAUCGUACUUGGGAGGUACGGGUACCUGCAGCUGUGGGUAUGUUCUAGAUACGGUUAGUCAGCAGCAACUCGCUCGAUCUUCGCAUCUUCGUGGACAUUCGACACAUCCACUACACAGUACACCGGAGGCAACUCUAGCCCACCAUUUCAUUGACCGCCAACACAAGAAUGGAUUCCCAAACCAGGCGAUUCGCCAACCAUCCCGGCGCAAAGGAAGCUCCCUCCUCCGCGUUGGAAUACCGUCUUGAGGAAGACCGUAAUCCUCCCAUGCGUGGCUAUCCUCUUGUCAUUGCCUCGGCCAUAAUCGAACGCUUGCCCUUUCUCCAGAAGAUCCUCUGGAACAACGCCAAGUUCGGACAGGCUAAGUACAUCCCCGACCUGGAUGGCGUCCCAUGGCGAAUUCAGCCCGACGUCAUCCCCCUCGCCGACGGCACCUCGCCAGGCAAGAUGCUAGAGCUCGAACCCGAACUGCGCCAGCCGCAGCCGGCCUCGCUAGCCGGCCGCUUCCUUUCGGUCGCCGACUACCACGAGCUGUACAAGAGCGGGGCGGCGCGGCCGGUCGACGUCGUGACCGCGCUGCUGCCGCUCGUCGACCCCGGCCGCGAGCUGCGGUCCGAGUACGCGGACGCCUGGGCCCGGACGCACGCCGACGAGCUCCUGGCCGCCGCCAGGGCGUCGACUGCCCGCUGGGCUGUGGGGGAGCCCCUCAGUUUUGUGGAUGGCGUGCCGUUUGGUGUGAAGGAUGACCUGGCCGUGGAGGGGUUUGUGUCGCGGAUGGGGAUGAAGAUGAAUGAGGAGGAGGAGUUCUUUCGUAGGGUGAGCAAGGAGACUGUUUGGCCGGUGAAGGCCCUGCAGGAGGCGGGUGCCAUUAUGGUGGGCAAGAUGAACCAGCAUGAGAUUGGCAUGGAUACGAACGGCUGCAAUCCAUCGACGGGGACUCCCACCAACUGGUAUAACAAGUCGUACUACCCAGGCGGGUCGUCAUCCGGCGCAGGGUCUGCUCUCAGCGCCGGCAUUGUACCGAUUUCGAUCGGGACCGACGCAGGAGGCAGCAUCCGCAUCCCAUCCGCCUUCUGUGGUGUCUACGGUCUCAAGACUACGCACAACCGUGCUUGCCAUAUGAGCUCGUCCAUGUGCACGGUUGGUCCCAUGGCGUCAACCGCCGCAGACUUGACCAUCGCCUACCGGUUCGCGUCGCAGCCCAACCCCAACGACCCCGUCCAGAACCUUCUCGCCAUCUCCACGCUCCCCGAUCCCUCCGCCAAGAAGUACGUCGGCGUCUGCCGUAAGUGGGUAGCCACGGCGGACGCCAACGUGCUAGAGAUCUUCGAGAAGUCGCUAGCCCACCUCACCACGCUCGGAUACGAGGUCGUAGACGUGGACCUACCCUUCCUGCGCGAGGGCCAGCUAGCACACUCAGCAACGUGCGUGACGGAGGCAGCAGCAGACGCGCGCGCGCGUGCCAACGACCCAGACAACUUCACGCGCCUGCUCAACCCAGCCAACCGCGUCACCAUCUGCGCGGGCGUGCAGACGCCGGCGAUCGACUACAUCCGCUACGGGCAGAUCCGAACCGUCAUCAUGCGCCACCUGGCCUUCCUCUUCGCCCGCCACCCGGGCAUGCUGCUCCUCACCCCGGCCACCCCGGCCGCCGGCUGGCCCAUCGCCCCGGGAGACCAGGCCCACGGCUGCGUCGACGCCAACAAGCUCAUCCGCAACAUGACCUUCGUCUGGCUCGCCAACAUGUCGGGCUGCCCCGCCGUCAGCCUGCCCGCCGGCUACGUCGACCCGGACCAGGGCGAGGGUGUCUUGCCCGUCGGCUUGAUGGCCCUGGCCGAGUGGGGCAUGGAGGAGCAGCUGCUCGCUUUUGCGCGGGAGCGCGAGGCGUAUCUGAAUGACGUCUAUCCCGGCGGCAGGCGUCGGCCGGAGAAGUGGCUGGAUAUGAUUGUGCGGGCGAAGAAGUGGCCGGCGACUGCGGCUGCGGUGAGGAAGCAGAUUGAGAAGGAGAUGGCGGAGAAAAUGGCUAAGAGGGCGGGUAGGGGGUGGUGAGGAGUGGGAGGGAGGUUGGGUGUAAGGGGUUGGUUGGGUGUAUGAGACUGCUUAGGUGUGAAGGGGCGAUUAGGUAUGAGAGUUUGAUUAGGCGCGAGAGGUUGAUUAGCUGUUAGAGGUUGGUU